UUCCCGGAACACCAGAUCUCUUUCAGCGGCUGCUUCUCGUGGGAUCAAGAAGAUCUCAUAAGCCCGUGAGAAGCCCCCGAUGCAAGCCAGCAUGGAAGAAGACCUCUCUUUGGAGAACCUGGUGCCAAAUCCGGGUUUAUCCUUGGAUUUGAUUCAUCUGCUGAUUGACAACUUCAGCGUCCCCGUUGCGUGUUUCUCCCACCCGCCUUCCGCGCUGCAGCUCCUGCGACAGCAGAACUUGGUGGACCUGGCCAUCAUCGGCAUGGCGACCUUCCUGACCCUGGUGUCCGUGGUCAUCUUCGUGGAGGACGCUGUCUAUCUCUCCAAGAAGAUCCGUUGCUUCUCCAAGAUGAAAACCCUCAUCUGGAGCAGCUCAGCCCCUACGGCCGUCUCGGUCUUCUCCCUGCUUGGACUGUGGGUGCCCCGGGCCAUGACGUACGUGGAGAUGGCCAUCGGCGCAUACUUCGCAGUCUGCUUUUACCUGACGAUGCUGGUUAUGGUGGAAGGCUUUGGAGGGACGAAGGCCGUGGUCAAGGCCUUGAAGGACACCCCCAUGCUCAUCCGGACGGGCCCAUGCUGCUGUUGCUGCCCCUGUUGCCCUCCCAUCACCAUGACCAAGAGGAAACUCCGAGUGAUGCUGCUGGGCGCCUUCCAAUAUGCCUUCCUGAAAGUCUCCUGCACUUUCCUGGGACUCGUCUUAAGCACCGAAGGCUUGUACGACACGGCAGAUAUUUCAGCCACGAGCGUGGCCCUUUGGAUCAACACCGCCCUUGGCGUGUCUACUCUCCUUGCCCUGUGGUCGCUGGCCAUCCUCUUUCGGCAAGCUAAAACUCACCUCGCCGAGCAGAACAUGACGGGGAAAUUUGUUUGCUUCCAGGUCCUCCUCAUUCUGACGGCCUUACAGCCAUCCAUCUUCAGCGUCUUGGCCAGCGGGGGUCAAAUCGCCUGCACCCCCCCAUUCUCCUCCAGAGCCCGAGGACAGCAAAUGCACGCCCAGCUGCUGAUCCUGGAAAUAUUCGUCCUUGCGGUGCUGGCCAGGAUGUAUUACCGGAAGCCGGACGACAAGCCAGGAUGUUGCCUCUCCGAAUCUCCAGAUUACAAAGCCGGGAUCAAGCAAUAAAGGAGGCUCCGAGAUCCAAGCCUCCCCCCUUCCAAACACGCAAAACGCUUGUCAACCAUAGCCAAAUCCCACCGUACAGGUAGUCCUCAACUUAAGACCACAAAUUCAGCCUAAAAUGUAUGUCGCUGGGAGAUUUGGGAAGCGAGCUUCGUCCCGUUUCGCGGCUUACCUUGCCACAGGUCAUUAAGUGAAUCUGGCUUCCCCCUUGAAGGUCGCAAAAGGGGAUCACACGACCCGUGGACCCUGCAACCGUCGUAAAUGUGAGUCAGUUAACAAGCAUCCGAAUGCAAAUCACGUGACCAUGGGGGGGGUGCUGCAGGGGUCGUGUGAAAAACGGUCGUACGUCACUUUUCCCAAUGCUGCUGUGAGUUCGAAUGGCCACUAAGCAAACUGUUGUAAGUCAAGGACUACCUGUGUACGUUUCCACGAAGUUUUGCUGCUUGCUGCUGGCAUGAGAGAGAGAAAUCAACCUUUGAGAAGUGACUUUUGGACUAUUGGCAGAGGAACGCCUAUUGUUAAAAGUGCGCAAAGCUCGCCGAAUAAAUCUACCUGUUUUUCUCCUCAUUGGAAGGAGAGAAAGGAAGCGUGGUACUUAA